AGCAGGCACUUCCUCAGAACCGAAGCAUCUGCAUCCUGGCCACAGUGCAGCUUCCAGAAGCAGGCACUGCAAUCUGUCAUGGCCCCAGCCCGCAUCUACGUUUCUCUGGUUCCUCCAGUCGAGUGCUCAUGCAGGACUCUCUCUGUGCCUCCCCAGGCCAGGGCUGAAUCUAGGGUACACCUGCAUUUACCUUGCUGCAUCAGUGCCUCUGCGUUUGUCUUUCAUGACAGAUGAUGUUUCUGAAGAGUUCUUCCAUGGCAGUUUGGGUUCCUAGGUCUUCUCAUGGUCUCGAGAGUAGUGCUGAGUCCGUGUGCCCUUGAUCAGUCUCAUCAGGACACGUGAUUCAUUCUUAUUUGGAGCUUGGUUAAGGUGCGUUGAAUUGUGAUUUUCAGGCUCCAGAGGAAUGGGCGUGAGCGGUGCCUGUUCCCCUCUAGCUGUGCCUCAUUUGGAAGGGCUGUUUGCGUGAUGGUUUCCCUAACAUGGGGUGCCCUGUUCUCUGCAGUGUGGACCCUUGAGUGUAGCUGAAGAGCAUGUUGUGAGGAACCCGCUGCCUGAGGUUUGAACAGAGCACGUCUGUGCCUUGGUCUACCAACCAUAUGGAACGUACGGGACACUCAAGUGAGCAAAGGGCAGUGUCACUACGACUAUUAAGUGUCAGUGCAACCCCUUCUUCUGGAUAGAACAGGGGCCUUUCUGGAAGCUGCUCUGUGUUUCCCGGGUUUCACGUUAGUUCUCCUGUGUGGCCCUGAGUAGUGAGCGGUGCCAUCUUUAUGACGAAGUUGUCAUGCAUGAGGAAAUCAGAGUUGUGAGGAAAUCCUCCAGUCUCUGUGAGACGUGCCUUAGUGUGCCUGAGACAGGUUUAUUCCAGAAACGCAUUCUGGGAUGUCACCUGCUUACCUUGUUGGAAAGCACUGUCUUCGCCCUUGUGAGGUUGAUGAAAUGGGCCACUUGCCUGCAGCAAACCCUGUGCCUGUGAACACAGGGCCUGUGUCCUUCAGCUCUUAGUGCUUCUUACCAGCAAGGUGGGAAGUGGGUAAGGGAGGAGAGGUGUCGCCGAUAACAGAAAAAGCCAAACACUUAAAGAAAAGAUGGGUGUUUAUGUAAGAAACACCCCUGCCCCAUACCCACUGAGCCACUAGUGUGCCUAGCAACCCAGAACCUGGACCCUAGCAGCAGUAAACAGAACCUCCCCCAGGCUAACAGCUGAAAAGGAAGCAAGAUUGUCAGACUUCCAUGGAGGAGGAGGAGAAGGAGGAGGAAUGCCUCUUGUCCUGCUUCCCAGACCCUGGCUGAUGCUCUACAGGGUACAAGAGAGUAAACAUCAAAAAACAGGAGGCCUGGAUGAUGAAUUGUCUAAUUUAGAUGCCAGGAAAAGUCCCUCCCUCCAUCCCCCGAUUCACACUGAGUGAAUGUCCACACGCGGCUCCACAUAAUGGGGGUGGACUUUGUGGGCACACAUUCAGUGAGUCAUAGGGACCAUGGGUUUUAUGGUGGCGUGGUCCAGUGUUGUGGGGAAGUGGGGAAACCCAGCUGCAUAGCGACCGAGGGUUUGCCUGCGAGCCCCCCAGGAGGCUGGGUCUGGUCAGGAAGCAGAGUCCUGCUGACAGUUGUGCAGGAUGUGUGUUGUGUGUUGCUAGGAACCUAAGCCUCCAAGUACAUGCAGAGAGAAGUCCUGGGGUUGGACUGGGAUAGAUGCACGAAGUAGGAGGGAAGAAAUGGAGCGGCGGAAGCCUGGAAGAGGAAAGAACCUUGGCCGCAGCGCUGAGCUGUGUUCUUGGAGAAGUGAGCAGGGCGAUUGUGUUGUUACAGUACUGCUGGCUGAGGAGGACAAAGUGGAAGAGGAUGUAGUGUUUUACUUAGUGUUUUCGGGUUCUACUCUCCAUCACUGUGCAAGUACUCGGAAGGUUAGCUCGGACACAUUGGAGACCAUUGCUCCCGGCCACGACUGCUGUGAGACGGUGAAGGUGCUGCUCUGCGCCUCCAGAGGGGGCCUCCCCGUGUCUGUGGUGGCCGAGGAAGACUUCCGCUUCGUCCAGGAUGAGGCCUAUGAUGCAGCCCAGUUCCUGGCAACCAGCGCUGGGAACCAGCAGGCCCUGAACUUCACCCGCUUCCUGGACCGGUCAGGGCCGCCGUCUGGGGACGUGGACUCCCUUGAUGAGAAGGUUGCGCUGGCGUUCAGACACCUGAAGCUGCCAGCCGAGUGGAACGUGCUGGGCACAGAUGAAGCUUUGCAUGAUGCUGGCCCCCGUGAGACGUUGAUGCAUUUCGCUGUGCGCCUGGGACUGCUGAGGCUGACAUGGUUCCUGCUGCAGAAGCCAGGUGGCCGCGGAGCUCUCAGUAUCCACAACCAGGAAGGGGCGACGCCUGUGAGCUUGGCCUUGGAGCGAGGGUAUCACCAGCUGCACCAGCUUCUCACCCAGGAGAAUGCUGGAGAGCCCGACCCCUGGAGCAGUCUGUCCUAUGAGAUCCCUUGUGGAGACUGCUCUGUGAGGCACCACCGGGAGCUGGAUGUUUACACGCUGACCUCCGAGUCCGAGUCCCGCCAGGAGCCCCCCUCUUCUGGAGACAGCUGCGCUGGGCAUAUCUUCAAACUCAUGAGCAUCCAGCAGCAACUGAUGAAAACAAACCUCAAGCAAAUGGACAAUCUCAUGCCCUUAACGGUGACCGCACAGGAUCCUUGCCGUCCAUCCAGGGCGCAGGAGACGGAUGGCUGCAUUCUUCCUUGUGCACGAGAGCCCUCGGGCAGCCAGCAGCUUCCUCCUCCCCCUGGAGAGACCCCGAGUGCUGCAUGCUGCCCAGGAGGCCCUGCUGGGCAGAGGGACUGUAGCCACGCGCCGCAGAGCCUGGUUGAGGGAGAGAACAGAGACCAUUCCUCUAUGAAGAAGCCAGGCUUGGAAGGAAAAGGGGAAGAGGUGGAGCCUGCACACACUGGGGAUUCUGGAGUGGUGUCUGGGCAGGAGGGCCGCCUUCAGAGUGAGCCUGGCUGCGGAGUGGGGGGCUCAGAGGACUUGGCAUCCUGUGGAGACAGACAUGAAGAAACUGGAAGAACACGUUCUGGAAUGGCCAGCGGAGAUAGCGUGCCCCAAGGAGACGUGGUCGUGGAGCCAGGCACAGCCUGGUGUCCUGCAGGGGAGCUGGCAGGUGAUGUAGCCACAGAAGUCUGUGCCCUAGCGACUGCGGGGGCAGAAGGAGACCUGGAGCGCCCCGCCGCCCCCAGGCAGAAGGUGCUUCGAGGAGGGAAGCGUCCAGCGGAGAGAUCCGGGAACUCUGAGGUCAGCACAGCUGGGGCGUCUGAUGCGCAGGUCACAGGCAAGCCCGGGGGCAGAGCUGCUGUUCCGAACGGUGUCUCUGCCUCCGCUGCCCGGGCAGGGGACGCGCUGGCGACUGCUGCACUUGCUGUGAGUGGUGGAGAAAGCUCCGUUGAGAAGGCAGCAGACACUGAAACUUCAGGAAGUGCUGAACAGAAUGCUGAUGUUCCAGUAGAUACCAGCUCUCUGGUCACCGCAGGUGCUGCGAAAGACAGGAUGUCAGGUGGAUUGGAACCUGCCUCGGCCUUAGCAGACAUAGGUACGGCAGUGUCAUGCUCGGAUAUAACCGCUCCUGGGCUAGAAGAAGGUGCUCUGGGAGACCAGCAGUCAGAAGCAAAUUCCUCAGCGGGAAGUGAUCCGCAGGACGCUGACCCUCUGUGUCUGCAGGGUGCAGUGCCCUCUAGUGGCGAGUCUGGUGCACAGCACUGCGGUGGCAGAGUGAGUCAGCCCCAAAGCACCCCAGCAGGGCAGCCCAGCGCACUAGAUGCUUCCUCUGCCGUUGGUUGUGAAGAUCCGCAGGCUACAGCCGUCACCUCUGACCCUGGUGGGGAGUCCCAGGAACGCGGGGAUACCUGUCCUCUUGGCAUUUCGGAUAAAAUGGGCCAGAGAAAGGAUUUAAAACGAGAUACACCUGCAGUAAAUCUGUGUGUGGAUGUUUCCCCUCCACGUGAAGUUGUGCCCAAAACUGAGAAAGAAAUGGCGCCAGACCGGGCGCUGACAUCAGGCAGCGCUGUCUCUCUGGCAGGCGGUCCCGGCAGUGAAUCAGUAACCAAAGAUGACGCACUUUCCCCUGUCUCCUCCCAGAAAGAAAAGGGAACAGCAACUCCUCCGCCACAUACAGCUACAGAUGGUGGAGAGGGUCAGGACGGAGAGCCAAGUGGUCCUGUUAAGACGGGCCAAGAAGACCUGGCAACUGGACUGCCCACGUCCUCCCCUGCCUCCCAGCUGCAGCCUGGCAUGGGGAAUACCAGUCCCACAGGACUUGGUGGGGAGCACGAGGGCCCUGGCUCCUCCGCAAACCCUGAAGCUCGGAAUGUCCAGGGGGACACGGAAUCUGCCCUGCAGAGUGUGAGUAAGCCCACAAUGGCUCCUGGUUCAACUUUGACUGAAGAAGAAAAAAUUCUGGUGGUUCCAGAAAGCCCUGUAGCUCAGCGACAGGACGACAGGGGUAAGACAGGGACUUGUUCCUCCAUCAAGGAAGACACACUGUCUUCAGGAGCAUUGCAGGGCGAGCAGAGGGUGCUGCCUCCUGGACUCGAGACUCAAGGACUCUGUAAACAACCCAGCUCGGCUGCCUGCGCCCAGGACAAGGCGCUUCAGGACUGCCAUUCGCUGGGCACACCCUCUGCCUGUCUGAAGACGGACACCAAGCAUGACAAGGAAGUGGCCCCACAGCCGGGUGAAGGUCUGGCUGCAGGGAGUCUGGUGUCACCAGGAGCAAAUCUGGCUGUGGAAGCCUUGACUGUGGAGCAGAACAGCUCCACCCUGCUGCCUGGCCUGUGCUCAGAGGGCUCUCAGGCUCUGCACAGUCUGCCUUUGGCUCCGGGAGUUGAAGCGAAGACCCCUCCACCCCAGGACAGAGCUGGUGCCUGCGAGGUGAGUGGAGAGGAGAGGGUGGAUGCUGCACAAGGCCCUGCCAGGCCCACAAGCAAGGAUUUAUCUGACGACCCCCUGGACAUCCCGCUCCCCAGAGUCCUGCUGAGGCUGGAGAAGAAUGCGAGCCAGGGUUUGCCGGGACCUUUACCGGACACAGUUCCCACAGACCUGCCGGCAGCUGCAGCGCCAGAGAUGCUACCUCCCGAUGGGCAGAAAGGGCGCCUGGAGGGAGCAGACCACAGCUGUACCACGGGCGACUCCAGGGAGGAGCCAGUGGACGACGAUGCCCAGCUGCUUAUUCCCCAGGGGCCCCCCACAGAGCCAGCGCUUGUGGCCCAGGAGGACGAGGCCCCCACUGGCAUGAAAGAACGCAGGAGAGCCUCAGCGCCAGGCAGGGACAGGGGUGCUCCCUCUCCACCUCGCGGGGCCUCUGCCCAAGGGGGGCCUCUGGCUCGGGGAGCCGACUCCAUCGAGGAGGCCGCCACCCGCAUCGUGGAGGCUGUCCUGGAACGCGUCCGGGCCUCAGCAGCACCGGCUCCCGAGGGGCAGCUGUGCCGUCCUGAGUGGCCGGAGGGUGCUCCCCCAGAGAGGGGGCACGCUCUCCCACCCAGGGGGCCCUCGCAGACAGGCAGUGCUCUGCAAGCAGCUGGACAGGAGGCAUCAGAGAAGAGGAGUCUGCCCGCCCCAACAACAGACAUGCCCGACAUGAAAGCUGAAGCUGAAGUGGAUUUUCUGAGUAAUGCCCGAGUGAGUUCAGUUUCUGAAGAGGCGGCUGUGGGCAGCGGAGCGCCUGUACCCAAGAUGAGACCAGGCCCGGAGAGCCAGGCGAUAAACCGGGAAAGCUGGUGUUCACUAGAGCCGUGCCCUGAUGCAGCACCUCUGUUGGCUUCUAAGCAGGGUGCAGAAUGCGAGAAGUUCCUGGAUGGUGGGCUGGGUGGAGAGUGUGCCCCCACACAAGCCGGACUGCAGAGCGCGUCUGGCAGCGAUUCGGAGCUCUUCGCCUCCCCCAGCGACGGCGUGGGCAGCAUCCUGUUUUCAGAGCCCUUACAGGAGCAGUCGGCCAGCGACAUCCUGGGAUCCAGUUCUUCCGCCGAGGACACAGCUUCGCCGGAUCAGCAUUUCUCUCAGGGUGGUGACGUGUCUCUGCCGCAGGUUGCAGAGUUGAACAGGUCCAGAGAUGAGCAGAGCCCUGAUGGCUUUACCAGCCUUGGGGUGGGAGCUGAGGGCCGCGAGAAUGAGAACGAGUCUGGUGGCGGUGGCGAGGUAGAAGAGGAAGAAGAGAUGGACAGCAUCACUGACGUGCCUGCCAGCUGCUCAGUCCUGCGGGGCUCCAUGCGUCCUCUGUCCCCUUUCCGGAGGCACAGCUGGGGUCCUGGGAAGAACACAGCCAGCGAUGCAGAAAUGAACCAGCGGAGUUCAGUGCGAGUUCUUGGGGAUGUUGUCAGGAGACCUCCCAUUCAUAGGAGAAGUAUGAGCUGGUGCCCCUCUGGUGUGCAGUACUCGGCCGCCCUGAGUGCUGACUGUAAUUACAGAAGUUUCAGUCUGGAAGGCCUGGCAGGAGGAGCUGCUCUGGGAGACAAGCCGUCCUUAUCUCUAGAAGGAAGUCCUGCAGACAGCAAAGAGCUCAGAUACCCUUUCAGCCGCGAGGAGCGGGGAGGCUCUCUGCUGUCACUCUCGGAAGAGGACCUGGAGUCUGAGCAGAGAGAACACGGGAUGCUUGAUCGUCAGAUGCGCCACAGAUCCAAGCAGCAGGGGUUCAACUACUGUACGGCAGCCAUUGCUUCUCCGCUGACGAAAUCCGUCUCGCUGAUGACGAUCAGCCAUUCGGGACUGGACACUCAGCAGCAGGUGCAGCCCCCGAGGCAGAUCUCCUUCUCCGUGAGCGUCUCUCCGCUCCUCCUCAAGUCUAAAGCGCUCUUUUCUCUCGGCUCCUCUGACUCCAGUGAGGAGGAGGAGCUGCAUAACUCACGGUCCUUCCACAACGCCAGUGCUCAUCUGACCGAGAGUAUAACAGAAGAAAGCUACAACUUCCUGCCACAGAGCCCUUCCAAGAAAGACUUUGAAGGGAAGAGUGGAACAAAAGUCAGUCGCACAUUCAGCUACAUCAAGAAUAAGAUGUCCAGCAGUAAGAAGAGUAAAGAAAAGGAAAAAGAGAAAGAGAAAGUGAAGGAGAAGGAGAAGGACUGUAGAGAGAAGGAGAAGGACAGGAAGGCCGCCAGCGGGCACUCCUUCAGCCCCGUUCCUGUGGUGGGCCCCGUCAGCUGCAGCCAGUGUGCGAAGCCGUUCACCAGCAGAGACGCCUACACUUGUGCAAGCUGCGGUGCCUUCGUCCACAAAGGCUGCAGGGAAAGUCUGGCCUCCUGUGCAAAGAUCAAGAUGAAGCAGCCCAGAGGGAGCCUUCAGGCGCACGACACCUCCUCACUGCCCACGGUCAUCAUGAGAGCCAAGCCCUCACAGCCCAAGGAGCGCCCUCGAUCUGCAGUCCUCCUCGCCGAGGAAACCGCCGCUGCCCCCGUGUUUGCCCAGAGACGGUCCCAGCAGAGCGUCUCUCUCUCCAAGAGUGUCUCCAUACAGAACAUCACGGGAGUUGGCAAUGACGAGAGCAUGUCCAACACCUGGAAGUUCCUGUCCCAUUCAACAGACUCACUAAACAAAAUCAGCAAAGUCACGGAGUCCACAGAGUCACUCACCGAUGAGGGAGUAGGUACGGAUAUGAACGAAGGACAACUGAUGGGGGACUUUGAGAUUGAUUCCAGACAGCUGGAAGCUGAGUCCUGGAGUCGGAUUGUGGACAGCAAGUUUCUGAGACAGCAGAAGAAAGAUGUGAUCAAACGGCAGGAAGUGAUCUAUGAGCUGAUGCAGACAGAGUUCCAUCACCUCCGCACCCUCAAGAUCAUGAGUGACGUGUACAGCCGCGGCCUGGUGGCGGAGCUGCACUUCGAACAGCAGAUGGUGGACAAGCUGUUCCCCUGUUUGGACGAGCUCAUCACUAUCCACAGCCAGUUCUUUCAGAAGAUCCUGGAGCGGAAGAAGGAGUCUGUGGUGGACCAGAGUGAGAACUUUCUCAUCCAGAGAAUAGGGGACAUGCUUGUCAAUCAGUUUUCCGGUGAGAAUGCACAACGCUUGAAGAAGACCUAUGGCAAGUUUUGUGGGCAGCACAACCAGUCUGUGAACUACUUCAAAGACCUCUACACCAAGGAGAAACGCUUUCAGACCUUUGUGAAGAAGAAGAUGAGCAGCUCGGUAGUAAGGAGGCUUGGAAUCCCCGAGUGCAUACUGCUCGUAACCCAGCGGAUCACCAAGUACCCAGUUUUAUUCCAAAGAAUACUGCAGUGUACCAGAGACAACGAGGCAGAGCAAGAAGCCCUCACCCAGUGCCUGAGCCUGGUGAAAGAGGUGAUCGGGGCUGUGGACAGCAAAGUGGCGAGUUACGAAAAGAAGGCACGGCUCAGUGAGUUCUACACCAAGACGGACAGCAAGUCGAUCAUGAGGAUGAGUAGCGGUCAGAUGUUCGCCAAGGAGGACCUGAAACGCAAGCAGCUCGUGCGGGACGGGAUCGUCUCUCUCAAGAGCUCCGCUGGCCGGCUGAAAGAGGUCCAGGCCGUCCUGCUCACUGACAUUCUGGUUUUCCUUCAAGAGAAAGACCAGAAGUACAUCUUCGCGUCACUGGACCAGAAAUCGACGGUGAUCUCCUUAAAGAAGCUGAUCGUGAGGGAAGUGGCGCAUGAGGAGAAGGGCUUGUUCCUCAUCAGCAUGGGGGUGAAGGACCCAGAGAUGGUGGAGGUCCACGCCGGCUCCAAAGAGGAAAGGAACAGCUGGAUCCGCACCAUUCAGGACACCAUCAACACCCUGAACAGAGAUGAAGACGAAGGAAUCCCCAGUGAGAAUGAGGAGGAAAAGCGAAUGUUGGACACCAGAGCCCGGGAGUUGAAAGAGCAGCUGCGGCAGAAGGACCAGCAGAUCCUGCUGCUCCUGGAGGAGAAGGAGGCGAUUUUCCGGGACCUGGCGGAGUGCAGCGCUCCGCUGCCCGAGGACUGCUCCCCUGCUCACAGCCCCAGAGCCCUCUUCCGCGCCAGCACGCAGGAGGCUCUCAAAGGAGGACCGCUCAUGAGAAGCGCGAUGAGCGAGGUGGAGGUCCUUCAGGGUUUGGUGAGUGGAAGUCUGGGAGGCCCCCUGGGGCAGACGGCCAGCAGCCCUGUGGAGCAGGAAGGCAGCGUGGGCCCUGUGUCCUUGCCUCGCAGAGCAGAGACCUUCGGCGGAUUUGACAGCCACCAGAUGAACGCUUCAAAAGGAGGUGAGAAGGAAGAGGGAGAUGAUGGCCAGGAUCUUAGGAGAACGGAGUCAGACAGUGGUCUGAAAAAGGGUGGAAACGCUACCCUGGUGUUUACCCUGAAGAGAAACACGGAGCAGGUGGUGCAGAGCAUCGUUCACCUGCACGAGCUCCUGAGCACCCUGCAGGGCGUGGUGCUGCAGCAGGACAGUUACAUCGAGGACCAGAAGCUGGUGCUGAGCGAGAGGCCGCUCACGCGGGGCGCGUCCCGCCCCAGCUCCCUCGUGGAGCAGGAGAAGCAGCGCAGCUUGGAGAAGCAGCGUCAGGACCUGGCCAACCUGCAGAAGCAGCAGGCCCAGCACGCCGAAGAGCGGCGCCGUCGCGAGCGGGAGUGGGAGGCCCGUGAGCGGGAGCUGCAGGCGCGGGAGGCUCGGCUGGCGGAGCGUGAGGAGCAGGUGCAGCGGGGCCAGCGGGACCUGGAGAGGGAGCGAGAGGACCUGCAGCAGCGGAAGGGCGCCUACCAGUGCGACCUGGAGCAGCUGCGCGCCGCCCAGAGGCAGCUGGAGAGAGAGCAGGAGCGGCUGCGGCGGGACGCUGGGCGGCUGGGCCAGGGCCACGUGGAGCGUGACCUCUGCCAGGUCUCCCGUCCACACGGCAAGCUGAUGAGGAUCCCGUCCUUCCUACCCAGCCCUGAGGAAUCGUCUCUGCCGCCCGCACCCGCCGCUGCCAGGUCAGGGCCGUUGGACUCCGAGCUUUCCGUGUCCCCAAAACGGAACAGCCUGUCCCGGACACAUAAGGAUAAGGGGACUUUCCACAUCCUUGGUUCAGCCAGCCAGACUCACAGAGGGCCAGAGGGGCCGAGCCUGCCCCCUGGGUGCUCCUCCUCCUCCUCCACACCCUCCUCCCGCCUGUUUGGCUUAGCGAAGCCGAAGGAGAAAAAGGAGAAGAAGAAGAAGAGCAGAGGAGGCCGCAUUCAGCCGGGAGAAGCUCCUGUGUCAGAAGCAUCAGCAGAGGGGGAAGAGAUCUUCUGCUGAGCGCCGCCCCCCCGCCCUCCUGCUGCCCUGCCUGCGUGCGCAAGCUCCCCCGCACCGGAUGGCCUGUCCUGGGUUCCCAGGGCCUCGGGGAGAGGAGCAGAUUGUCUCGUGAGUCAGGGUGGAGAGAGGCCCAGACCCUGCUUUGUCUGUGACCUGUGGGUGCCCAGAACUCACAGGUGGGGCCGGCUGCGCCCAGGCCUCUGUUGAAGGUGGUGGCCCCAGAGUGCAGGUGAGCUCCUGGGCACAUCCAGGAUCCCUGAGAGCUGAACGAGUUGCCAAACGAGGUCUGAAACUCCUGCUGCCUUUUAUUUGGGGGAACAUGACCAAAGUGAAUGAGCAGAGAGCUUGGACUGUCUGUGUGCUCACAGGGACCGUUGGCCUGGACACCCAGGGCAUGCCACAGCACACGGUGUGUGCCCGAAUUAGGCCCUUGUAGCUCAGCACGAGUGGCAGUGCUGUGCUGCUGGGCGCAUGGCACUUGGUGCUCACCCACGGUCUUCAGAGGCUGUGCCCUCCCCUGUGAGACCAGGGGAGGGCGGGAUCUGCCCACCCUGACCUCUCUCAGGGCGCUCAGGGGAAAGAAGAUGGCGUGUCGUCACGAUCCCCAGGAAGUGCAUGGUUUUCCAAGUAGUUUGCCCUCACGUUCUGGGCACCGAUAAAAUGAGAGGCGCCUCACCAGCUCUCCCUGCGGUGUGACACUUGCUGGUGUCACAGAGUACCCAUGAGUGGCACUCUCCCUGGUAAUGUUUCUGAAACCUUGGCGGCCCCCAGGGCAGCUCCUGGUGGGACCGGGCAGGGACCACUGGCGGAGAAGGAGGUGCAGGUGGAGGGCUAGGCCUGGCUGCUGCCUCUGCAGCCCACACAAGGAGCUGGCCCAAGACACACUUCGACCCGGGUCAGGAGACCUUGGCCAAGUUCUGUUUCUUAAGCAUUUUUCCAAGUUAACGUCCGUCAUUAGUAAUUGGGCUGUACCCCUCAGAGCUGUCACAGAUGCUGCCUGUGUCUUUUCUCCUCUUCCUUCUCCGCUGUGUCCGUGGUCUGUGUGUGCUGGGCUGUCCUCGCUGGCAUCCGGUGCCGUCUCUGGGGCCCCGGGAGGCUGCGCUUGCCACAUGGCCUUUGGUGCCUGCGCUCUGCUCCUGGAGGCGGGGCCCUGGACAUUCACAGAAACAAAACCAUCUGUAACCUGGUGCUGGUUGGUGAGGCGCAAGCUGGCCUUGCAGGUGGGGUAUUUAUCUUUCAGUUUAUUUGAAAGAGGUCUGGUUCUGAAUGUGUAACCUAGAUUUGUUUUAUUUAUUGUGUGUGUGUAUGUGUGUGUGUGCAACCCUGAAGUGCUGAGCUGAGGCGGCCGCUGCGCCGCCAGCUCCCCCACACCCGCCUUCCCAGGGACCUGGCGGUUCCAGUGGAAGCGCAGGCUUGGGGAAGGUGCCCGGGCCUUCCCUCCCGACCCUCGGGCCAUCCUUGUCCCAGUGUCUUCCUUGAGGAACCUGCCGCCUCUGUGGGAUGCCUUUGCUUUAAUAAAUUCUCAGCCCCAGAAAGACUUCGAAACUCAAGCCCUCUGUUUUCUGCUGGAGCCGUGGUGCACCCACUACAAAGCCCAAACAGCGACCAGUCUGGUGCUUCCUCCACUGCUCCAUACAACUCCCAGGUUACAGCCAAGACCUGCCGUGGCUGCAGGACCCGGCCACUGGCCUGUCACCCCUGUGGCUCUGCCCCUCGCCCCACCCUGCAGAGUGCUGUGCUGGCCGGGAAGGCCUGGCUCCUCCCCGGGGCUCGCAGGCAGGCAGUCUGGAGCCAAGGUGAGCGAGCCUGUGGCCUGCAGUCUGCAGCGGACGCUGUCCACAGCCUGCCACUCCCACCUGGCUGCAGCGGCCCUGGCUUGUCAGGGAACGAGCGCUGUGGAGCAGAAAGAGCACUCCCCGAGAACGGGCGCCCCUGCCGGGCCUCGCCCUCCUGCUUUGAGCUUGGCCGCGAGGAGAUCCAUUUUUGCUGCUGUGCUCUGGCUGUGAUCUUGAGCGCUCGGGGUCCGAUCCCUCCUGCCUCACUGUCCUGGGGACCCGGAUUUCAUCCCGAGACCGCUCCCCACCUCCCUGAAGAAACCAAGUGCCUGGCGUCGUGUGGGUUUGGGCGCACAGAUGGAGCUGCCCACCCAGGGUGCCGGUUUCCAGAGCGGAGUGCUCCUCCCGGGAGGAGGAGCCUGUGGCGCCACAGGGCCGUGACACGUGCACGUGCGUGACCCUUGCGGCCAGCUUCCUCAGACAGUCCAGUGUGUGCCUGUGUCUCCUCGGAAGUGGGGAGGCUUAGACCACGCAGCCUGCCUUCGCCGCCGUCUGCAGGGAGGGCCUUGCGGGAAGGUACCAAUUCUGCCUUUUUCCUUGUCGUGUCUCAGGGCAGCAGCACUCACCACCGGCCUGUGCUGUUUCCUCCCCCUCCGUGGUCUCCCCGAGGCCUCCGUGAACAGAAAGCACCCAUUCAAGAGACCCCUUGGGGCUGUGUUCGGCCCUUUAUCUGAGGAUGAGGUAUAGGGUGCAGGGAUUCGAUUUAGUUCCCUCCCUUAAAGGGUGGAACCUUCUGGGCCAGAGGUUGCUGUGCAUACAAGUGCUGUUUCAAUCUUUGUCUCGAAAGCUCUUCCCUUAGCUAGUUCCUUCCUCCCAAGGCCUUGGCGUUGGCAUUGGCGCCGAGCUUCACUCCAAGGACCCGCGCCACUGUGCCACUGUGCCUGGAGGUCAGCCCAACCCUGGUGAGGGGACUGUGUCCAGAAGGAGGGUGCAGCAAGGCUGUCCCGGCACCGCGCCUGUGUCGGCUGUGCCCACGCAUCCUCUGACACAGGGCAGAGUUGGUUUGCAUUGGUUCUUAACCUCUCCUCUGCCACAGCGAAACGCUGCUAGGCAGCUAGAGCUUGGGGGUCCGGAGCCUGCUGGCCAGGUUUCAGAGGGGGAGGUAGAAGGAUGGAUGGGAAAACAGGCAUCUUUUACUUCCUCAUCUCAUUUAAACUGUCAGGUAUCAACAGGUCACGGUCUCCAUCUCCCUAAGCUUUGUGGGGGGCUCUACGGCUCCUGGCUGCCCCCUCGCCACGCCCAGCCCCAUGUCCCCCACCACGGGAGCAGGCGACCUGCCCUUACGGGGCCCCCACCGUGCUCCACAGGAAGCACAGACCCUGCUCCCCAGACCUUCCCCGCCCCACGCUUCCGCCUCUGGCCAGCACCUGAGGCACAGGCCGUCCCGGGUGCCGACGGGACAGUGCCGGUCAGCCUCCCUGUGGCUGGGUCAGCUGUGGGCUCCUGUGUCACGCACCGCGCGCCCCGUGCUCACUGCUGUCUGCAGAUGUCACUGCUUCUGUGCUCAGUCCCAUUGCAGGGAAGGAGGCCGGAGCCCAGCUGUUGUGCGUGGACUUGUAAUUAUGUACACAGUGAGCAGUUGUGAACUGUACCUUUUUUUCAGUGUGUUUUCUGGAAUUUUGCCAUGACAUACUGGCUCUGUAUUUGAUUUAUCUUCCUUCCUAGUUACUGGCUUCAGACUUGUGAAGUCCUCCCAGCCCUCCCAAAAAAAUUAAAUAAAUGAACUUCCUUUGAA